AUGUCAAGAGACGAUCCGAUUAAGUCCGAGAAGGAUUUCACAUCGAUUUUGGAUGAGCAAUUUCCCAUUAUUUCCCAAUUAAGUGAUUAUAAAGAAGCUUUGGACAAGUACUUGGUGUUGGAGAAACAAACAAGACAAAGUUCUGAUUUGGUUUCAUCUAAAAGAGUCUUGAGUGAAAUAGUGAAAUGUCUUUAUGAAAAUCGUGAUUGGCAAUAUUUGAAUGAUUCUGUGGUGUCAUUGAGUAAGAAGCAUGGACAGAUGAAAACUGCCAUUCAAUCAUUUAUUCGUGAAGUCAUUGAUAAAUUAGACCAAUUAAAUGAUAAUGAUCCUGAACAAUUACAAUGGAAGAAAACUAUCAUUGAGACCAUUAGAACUGUUACUGAUAAAAAAAUUUUUGUUGAAGUUGAAAGAGCUAAGGCAUCAAGAAUUUUGAGUGAUAUUUAUUUGGAAAGAGAUCAUGAUUUAGAUAAGGCUAUUGAAGUGUUAUGCGAAUUACAGGUGGCCAGUUAUUCACUUAUGGAUUUCCCUACUAAAGUGGAAUACAUUUUGAAACAGAUCGAAUUGACUUUAGAUAAAGGAGAUUUUGCUCAAGCCAAAAUUUUGAGUAGAAAUAUAUUGAUAAAGACUUUAAAGAGUUUUCCUAAAGCAGAUGAAUAUAAAGCUACUUAUUUGAAUUAUUUGAUUAAAAUUAGUACUCAUGAAUGUGAUUAUAUUGAGAUCGUCAAGAAUGCAUUAUUCUUGAUUGAUAUUCCAAUAAUUACACCUGAAGAAUUGAAACUUGCUGCUGUUAACAUUGUCUAUUACAUAAUCUUGGCUCCUUAUGAUAAUUAUCAAAAGGAUUUGAUAGAAAAGAUUAAAAUUAAUCCUGUUAUCAGUAAGUCUGUUGAUUCCAAACUUUUCAAAUUAUUAACUAUUUUCACUACCAAUGAAUUAAUUCAUUGGUCUGAUUUGGAACUGCAAUAUAAAGCUGAUUAUUUUGAUAAGUGUCCAAUUUUUCAAGAUGAACAAAACUAUAAGAAUUUGCAAAAGCGUAUCAUCGAGUACAACUUGCGUAUAUUUAAUGAAUAUUACCAAUGCAUUACCUUAUCAAGAUUAGCUGCAUUAUUACAAUCAACUGAGCUAGAAGCUGAAACUUAUGUUAGUGAGUUAGUUAAUAAGGGGAUGAUUUACGCAAAGAUCAAUAGACCAAAGAGAAUUGUGAUCUUUUCUCAAGAUGAAAAGAAGAGAACAGGUGCUGAUAUCAAUGAUUUGUUGAACGACUGGUGUUACGAUAUUGAUAAGUUGUUGGAUGAAGUUGAUAGCAUUGGUCAUUUGAUCAACAAGGAGGAAAUGAUGUACGGUAUCAAGCAAAAGGCUUAA